AUAUUUACAUAAACUUAUGAAAUUAAUUAAAAGCUAAAAUAAUUAAUUAGCAAUUUUAAUUUAAAAGUAAGAACUCUAAUAUUUUUAAUAAUAUAAUUAAUUUAUUACAAAGAAAAAUUUGAAUUAUCAAAUUACCAUGAAUUAAGAAAUAUUGAUUAAUAAAUUCUCAAUUGUAAAAAAUCACUAGUUAUAAGGUGAUUUAGAUAAAUCUGUCUACUCGAUAUGCAACUAUGAAUAAGAAUUAGCUGAGGAAGAAAAAAAUAGAGAAGAAGAAAUUGAGAAAAAGUAAAAGGAAAACUAGGCUAUUAUUUAAUUAGAUGGCUUCGAUGAAAACAACUAAUAAAUCAUUAAGCCUAAUUAGAUUACAACAACAUUAAAUAUGCUUGAUGAUAAUGAACUUAUUGCUUAAUAAGGUUUGAAGACAGCAAAAACAUAAAUUUAUGACGAAAUAGAUGAUAAAUAAAAUAAGGAAGUCAAUAAAUAAAAUAAAACCCAAGAUGAAAAAAUAGAAUAUCUGAAUCAAGGAAUUCCAUUUGUUUUUAGAAUGUUUUAUAUUCACCUUUUAAAAAUUAGUUAUAAACUCAAUAAAAUACUUAAAUCAGGAAGAAAAAUUACAUUAAAAGAUGUUCCCCAUAUUGAAGAGACUGAUAAAGUUGAGUAUAACUCUGUUCUGCUUCAAAAAAAGAUUUAACAAAGAUUUGAUAAAAAUCUUCCUCUGAGCUCAUUUGCAAUGAUUGGAAUGAUAUUCCAAAUAUUCUCUUUCGACUUCAUCACUUGUAUUGUCUUCCUUAUGAUAGAUAUUUUUUUCAAACUAUUCAGUUCAAUCUGCAUGCAAAAUGUCAUCUAAUAUGUCUAGUCAGAUGAAGAUGAUUUGAUUAUAAAGUGGAGCAUAGUAUUAUCAUGUUGCUUAUUUGGCAGUGUUAUAGUUGGCUAAAAAAGUUGGUAUCAGAGUUAAAACUUAUCUGGUAAGCUUCGUCUUAGCUUAGUCGCAACUUUAUUUUCUAAAGUUAACAGUUUAAGUUCUUAUUCUAUUAAGCAAGCCGAACUUAGCAAAAUAGUUAAUAUAGUCAGUAAUGAUAUGAAUCUUACUGAAAUGAGAUUCCCCUUUAUGUUCAUAAGUAUGGUAUCACCCUUAGCUUUGAUAUUCUCUACUUGGAUUUUAAUUGACCGUCAUGGACCUUUUGGAAUCCUAACAAUUGUUAUCCUUAUUGGAUGUUUACCCAUUCAAAAUAUUAUCACUAAAAAAGCUGCUUCCUAUAUUCCUGAAAAGAAUAGAUAUUCAGAUGAUAGAAUCAAACUCACUAAUGAAAUUAUUGAAGGUAUUAGACUAAUUAAGAUGUAUGCUUGGGAAGUUGCUUUUAUUAAAUUUGUAACAGCGAUUAGAUCUAAAGAAAUGAAGUGCUUGUUAAAGCAAACAGCUUAUAAUUACAUCGGAUAAAGUAUUAGUUUUGGUUCUGCGCUCUUUGCUGCAACUAUACCUUUUACUUUAAUACAUUAUUUUGGAGAAAAAGAUUAACUAAGUGCUGCAAAAAUUUUUGCAACUAUGCAAAUUAUUAUGUUUUUAAGAAUUCAAGUCAUGCUCUUUGUAGGGUUUGGAUUCAGUUUUAUGCAUGAAUCUAAAAUUCUUUUAGAAAGAUUUAUAAGUAUUAUUAAUGUUUCAAAUCACUCUAUGACAAACUUAGAUGAAGUAUAAGAAAACAAAUCAAAGAAGUAACCUCAAAAGCUUUUCAUUGAUAUGGAUUAGAAAGAACAAAGCUUAGAAGAUUUCACUAAAAGUUUAAGCACUAUUAAAAACGAUACAUAAGUAAAAUUAAAUAAUUUCUCUGCAUGGUGGAACAGUGAAGGAACUGGCGAACCAGUCCUAAAAAAUUUAAACAUUGAUUUUAAUUCACCUAAGCUAUACGCUGUUGUUGGUUUGGUUGGUUCAGGAAAAUCCUCUCUCUUGUAUUCUCUAAUUUAAGAAACUCCAGCUUAUAGAGGAAAUUUCUUAGUUAAAGGUAGCUGCUCUUAUUCUAAGCAAGAGCCUUACAUUUUUUCUGGCACUAUCCGCGAUAAUAUUCUUUUCGGAAAGCCAUAUCAUGAAGAAUGGUACAAUAAGGUAGUUAAAGCUUGUUGUCUACUUUCUGACUUUGAUUAAUUUAGCGAUGCUGAUAAUACAGAAAUUGGAGAAAAAGGUACAAAUUUGAGUGGUGGUUAAAAGGCAAGAAUUAGUUUAGCAAGAGCUGUUUACUCAAAUACAGAUAUCUACCUUUUUGAUGAUCCCUUAAGUGCAGUCGAUUCAAAGGUUGCAAAAAAAUUAGUUAAGAAUGUCUUCAAAAAUUUGCUCAAAAAUAAAUUAAUCAUUUUAGUUACUCAUCAACUUUCAAUGGCUAAAUACUUUGAUCAUAUUCUUAUCCUUGAGAAAGGUUCUAUUUAUGAUUAGGGUAAUCAUAUUUAAUUAGAAAAAAAGCUUGAAUUUUUGUCUGCUGGUUAAGUUAAACUAAAUUCUGAUUAGGAAUAAAAUUUUUCUGUGCACUCUGAAGAAGAUAAAAGCCUUACAGCAAAAGAAAAUUAACAAAUCCAAGCAUAAUAAGGAAACAUUGAAAAAGCUAAAGAAGCAAAACCAAAAUCCUCUCUCUAUUCUAGCGAAGAUAAAGAAAAUAUAUAAGUCACUUUAAAUAGCUAUAGCAGAUACUUUAAAUUUUCAGGAAAGUCUUGCACUUGGAUUUUUAUCCUAUUUGCUUUUAUCUGGAAUGAGCUUGUUCUAACCGCCUACAAUAGAAUACUUGCAUUUUAUGAUAAUGAAGAAGAAAUGGAAAAAUAUCUACUUUUUACUUUAUUAGGCAUUAUAACAGUUGUCUUUCUUCUUGGUAUUUUUGUGAAGUAUGUCACUUUAGGAUAAUAAGUCAUUAAAACAAAUACAGCUAUACACUCAAAAAUGAUUGAAAGAGUUGUGCGUUCUCCUGUUAUCUUUUUUGAUAGAACCUAAAGUGGAGUUAUUUUAAAUAGAUUUUCUAAUGAUAUGGGUAUCUUAGAUACUAUGAUUCACUUUACAUUUUUAGAUUCUCUCGAAGGUCCUUUGAAUUUCUUGAAUCUUCUUAUUACAGUCAGCUUCAUUCAGCCUUAUUUUUUAAUUAUUGGUGUUGUUGAAUUAAUUGGUCUUUAUAAUUGGUUAAAAUUCAAUAAAACAAUUAUCAUGCAAAGUAAAACUUUGGAUUUAUUGAGCAAAUCUCCUGUUUUCUCUUUCUUCUCAUCAACUCUCUCAGGAAUGGAAAUUGUUAAAGUAUUUGGAUAAAAUAGUCGCUUUUAUAAAGUAAUGUGUGGCCACGCAAAUCUUAACAUACGUUGUAACUUGUAAUACUGGCAUAUUUCAAGAAUGUUUGGUGCUUAUACUUAAUUCAUAACCACAAUUUCAUCUAUUAUUGGUAUUUUCUUGGUUGUCUAAGUCUUUAAAGGCGAUCCAGGUUUAACAGGUCAAUCUAUUAUUUACUUAAUUCUUAUGACAGAUUACAUUUAAUGGGCAAUGCGUUAAAUUAUUAACAUGGAUAGCUCCAUGUCUUCAGUUUAAAGAUCUUUCUUAAUGUGCGAUUUAGAGUCUGAAAGAGAAUUACUUCUCCCCACAGACAAAUAAGUUACUGAUAGCAAAUGGCCACAUUCUGGUGAACUUCAAUUAUAAAAUGUGCAUAUGAAAUAUAGAAGAGAUUUGGAGUAUACACUCAAAGGAGUUAACUUUACAAUUAAUUCAGGUAAAAAAGUUGGUUGUGUUGGUAGAACUGGUGCAGGAAAAAGUUCAAUGAUUGAAUGCCUUUUUAGAAUGAGAGAAGGUGAAAAUCAAAAAAAUUUUGAUCAUGACGGUAAAUUAAUAGAACAAGCUAUUAAGUUUGAUGGCUAAGAAAUUCAUCAGUUAGGUCUUCAUACUCUUCGUAAUUAAAUUAGUAUCAUUCCUCAAACACCUUUUAUAUUCUCUGGAAGUAUACGUAAAAACCUUGACCCCUUAGAUGAAUAUGAUGAUGAAAAAAUAUAAACAGCCCUCAAAGAAACUUAACUUUAUGAUAUGGUUAAUUCUUUAUCCAAAGGAAUUUACACUGAUAUGAGUGACGUUAGCUCAGUUUUUAGUGUUGGCUAAAAGUAGUUAAUUUGCUUAGCUAGAGCUUUGUUAAAAAAGAGUAAGCUAAUUAUUAUGGAUGAAGCUACUGCAAAUAUGGAUAUGGUAACUGAUCACUUUAUUUAAAAAACAAUAAAAGAAAAGUUUGACAAUUGUUCUGUCCUAACAAUUGCACAUCGUUUAAACACAAUCGCAGAUUACGAUAAAGUUAUUGUUAUGGAUAAAGGUAAAGUUGUUGAAUGUGAGUCCCCAUUCUUAUUGCUUGCCGACGAUGUUAACAGCACUACUAUAACAAAAAAUGGCUUUUUUGCAAAAUUAGUUAAGCAUACAGGAGAAGAUAAUAGUAAAGCUAUUUUUGAAAUUUCAAAGAGUCAUUAUUUAAAAACAAACCACUAAGAAUUCUCUUGACCAUUUCACUAAAUUAAUAUAAUUAAAAUUUUUGUAUCUUUCUAACAAAUCCUAUAUAUUGAUUAAAUCUUUUAAUUUAAUCAUAUUGUCCACUACUUUUUUAUGUUUUAAGCUAAAUAAAUUUUUAAAAUAAAUAUUUUCAAUAGG